GUGUCAGACUUCGCACAACUGAGAAGCUGAGCGUUUUGGUGGUUCUCCCCUUCGGGUGCACCUUAUGUUUAUGUGGUAGCCCUGAGCUCUCACUCGUGUGGCCUUUUGUUUAGUACGUGAUUCACGUAAAUUGUUUUUCCCGACUCUACUGUUUGAAAGACGAUCGCCAAACGUCUGAACCUAUUAUUCUAUAUUUGCCAUCAAUACGGUAUACCUGUCCGUAAUGUCAGUUAUGUCACCACUGCCUCACAAAAUGAGUAAUGAAAUGACGGACUUUCAUGACAUGUGGCAGGACAUUGAAAGUGUGCUCCUUAUCAGUGAUGGUUCGCAAUACACGCCAACAUCGGAGACCCACCGGUAUAUCCUCUCACAAACACAGCCUCCGCCACAAACACCACAACCAACUCAUCAACACUUGAAUACAAGUGAUAUUUAUGUGAAACAAGAAUACAAUCAAAUAAAGUCUGAAUACGAUUACCACCAAAACGAGACAUACGAACAGUCGGUGCCGUACGUCGAGAACAACUACUGCAAUGUCUCGCAAUGGUCUGCAACACAACCGCCGAUACAGUGCUCACAACCAUCUCAUCAGAUGCAGUGCACCACUCGUAUGGCCAACACCGGUGCCAAAGACCCGAUGCUUUGGAUGCCAUCAUUACAACAGGCAAACCAAUCGACAAACUAUUAUUGUGAUCAAUACAACAAUCCUUAUCUGCACUGGAAUUCGGGUCACUAUCCAUAUAGUAAGCCAUCUGUACUCCAGUGCCAAAUAUCGCCGCCGGCCUCACCUGAGAAUGAGAAGCAGCACUCUAUCCAAACGUGGGGUCUGUUGUAUCCCAACGCACUCCACACAGUUAUACAACCACACCAACCGUUCCCUACAUCAGAGGCAUAG